CCCAUCCGUCGCCCUUCGUUUUGCAUAGACAUUUCACUGGACUCUGGACUUUGAACUACUAGUCUUUGUGCGAUGGCAACAUCUGCCGAAAGCCAGAGUGACGAGAGCAAGCAAGAGAGAUAGCCUUCCCAAAAACUCAACUCACUUUUCGCAAAGGUCCCAUCUUUCCCCUCCGCCAGAACUACAAGAAACCCUGCAGAUAUGAUACGAUUUAUUCUAGUUCAGAACCGACAAGGGAAGACCAGGCUGUCGAAGUGGUACAUGCCAUUCGAAGAUGAGGAGAAGCAGAAACUGAAGGCGGACGUGCAUAAGCUCGUUGCGGCGCGGGAUCAGAAGCAUCAGAGUAACUUCGUUGAGUUCCGGAAUUACAAAAUCGUCUACCGGCGUUACGCAGGACUCUUCUUUUGCUUCUGCGUCGACACAAACGACAACGAGCUGGCGUACCUCGAAGCGAUUCAUUUCUUCGUCGAAGUCCUGGACGCGUUCUUCAGGAACGUUUGCGAGCUCGAUUUGGUAUUCAAUUUCUACAAGGUCUACGCUAUCCUGGACGAAGUCUUUCUCGCUGGCGAGAUUCAAGAGACGAGUAAAGGAGUGAUAUUAAGUAGGCUGGAUUACUUGGACAAGCUGGAGUGAAUACGGCUGUCGCUGUGGAACCAGCGAAGUUUUUGGUACCAUACUGUAGGUUAUGAAUGCAAUUACUUGAGACAGUCGUUGCU